UCGAGAAAACCCUUGUUCGCCUUUCGUCUCUUUGAAGCGAUUCUCUCUCUUUCUCUCAGAUCAGAAUCGAUGGCGUCGAAGAAGAUCGGAGGCGGAAAAUCCGGAGGCGGAGAUUCGAGCAUCCUGGUUAAGAUCGCAAACUCGGAGAUCGUGUCCCAGGGUAGACGCGCGGCGUGCGACGCCGUGUACGUGUCGAAGAAGCUGCUGAAGAGCACCGGCAAAGCAGCGUGGAUCGCCGGAACGACUUUUCUGAUCCUGGUCGUGCCCUUAAUAAUCGAGAUGGAUCGUGAGCAGCAGUUCAACGAGUUGGAGCUUCAGCAGGCGAGCCUCCUCGGAGCUCCGCCGACCGGCGCGCAAAAGUAAUUGUUCAAUCGAACCGUCUAUCUUCUUAGACUUCGAAUUAGUGAGAUUUUAUUAUUUUUUUGUCAUGAAAGUUCUUUGGAUUCAUAAUGAGUUCAAAGUCUUGAACCUGUUUGCUUAUAUGAUAGGGUUUCUCUUCCCAUUUAAAGGUGCUAAUUCCUGUGCUAAUUUGGAAAUGAAUGAUCUUUGAGCUGAUUUAUGAUCUCUUUAGCGUC